GAGUCGCGUGGAAAGGACGAAAACUGUUUUCCGGUGACGACAACAGUCUGCGCCACCUAUCUUAAACUUUUGCUGUGUAAUCUGUACAGGCGAGGCUAAGAGACGUCUGCUAUCUCAGUGUUGUAGGCAUAUUUCAGCUCAUACCUGUUAUACAGAAUGGAAUAUUUAAUCGGGAUACAGGGACCUGAUUUUGUCCUCGUCGCCGCCGAUAAUGUUGCAGCCAGCAGCAUUAUUCAGAUGAAACACGACUAUGACAAGAUGUUCAAACUAAGUGAGAAGAUUUUGCUGCUGUGUGUUGGAGAAGCGGGAGACACAGCACAGUUUGCAGAGUACAUCCAGAAGAAUGUUCAGCUCUACAAAAUGAGGAACGGUUAUGAACUCAGUCCAUCAGCAGCAGCAAACUUCACACGAAAGAAUCUUGCAGACUACCUUCGAAGCAGGACUCCAUAUCAUGUGAACCUGUUGCUGGCGGGCUACGAUGAAACAGACGGGCCCGGUCUCUACUACAUGGACUACCUGUCGUCCCUGGCCAAAGCCCCCUUCGCUGCCCACGGCUACGGAGCCUACCUCACUCUCUCCAUUCUUGACCGGCACUACAGACCAGAUCUGACCCGAGAUGAGGCAGUGGAUCUACUGAAGAAGUGUGUUGAGGAACUGAACAAGCGCUUCAUCAUGAACCUUCCCUCCUUUACUGUCCGUUUGAUUGACAAGGAGGGCAUCCAUGACCUGGAGAAGAUCACCUCCGGCGCCAAGUGACCGCUCACUGCUUAACUACCAACCCUUACGCCCUUGUUUCUUUCCUCUUUUUUUUUUUUUUUUUACCGCUGACCUCCUUGCUCUUUCUGUUCCAAUAAAAAGUGACACACAGUUGAGAUACAA